AUGGGCAACAUCAUGUCGUUGUCGUUUGCUCCCGAGUGCACCGAAGGCAAGAACAAGUACGACGAGUGCUUCAACGAGUGGUACACGGAGAAGUUCCUCAAGGGGAAGCUGAUUGAAAACGAGUGCACCGAGUUGUGGGACGACUACAUCACCUGUGUCAACGCGGCGUUGGCGAGACAAAAGGUGAAGCCGAUGCUUGAUAAGGCGAGAGAGGACCAGCCGUUUACCCACGACGAGAUGAAGGAGUCGGUGGAGUCGGCGCUGAAGAAGUAA